AACUUCAAGGUAAUGUGUGUCCUGUAGCUGGUGUGGAACUGAGCGGUCACUGUCACGGGCAGAGCCAGUACAGACUAUCCAUAACAUGAGCACUGAGUCUUUGACCCGUUCAGAGAUUUUUGGACAACUCAGGAGGGAGCUUCAUGGAGAAGAUCCAUCCAGCUACUCCAAUACACACAUAUUCAUCAUCCUGGGGGCGUCUGGAGAUCUUGCUAAAAAGAAGAUCUAUCCAACUUUAUGGUGGUUAUUCAGAGAUGCCCUGCUCCCAGAUGAUAUACACAUUGUGGGUUUUGCUCGAUCCAACCUGACUGUAGAGGACAUUAGAACAGCAUGUCUGCCUUACAUGAAGGUCACAGAUGAGGACAGGAAGAGUCUAUCAGCUUUCUUCAGUAAGAACUUGUAUCUGCGUGGGCAGUAUGAUGAUGGCAGCUCCUUUGACCGACUCAACAGCCAUCUGUCAUCUCUGCCAGGAGGAACAAGCGCCAACCGGCUCUUCUACCUGGCACUGCCGCCCACUGUUUACCACCAUGUCAACACAAACAUCAGAAACCACUGCAUGAGCCUCAAAGGUUGGAACAGGCUAAUUGUUGAGAAGCCGUUUGGUCGGGACCUUCAGAGCUCACAGGAGCUGUCAGGACACCUGUCCUCCAUGUUCACAGAGAACCAAAUCUACCGGAUAGAUCACUACCUGGGAAAAGAGAUGGUCCAGAACCUCAUGGUUCUCAGGUUUGGAAAUCGGAUUUUUGGACCAAUCUGGAACAGAAACAGUGUGGCUUGUGUGGUCAUCACCUUUAAAGAACCCUUUGGUACUCAGGGUCGUGGAGGAUACUUCAAUGACUUUGGUAUAAUUAGAGAUGUCAUGCAGAAUCAUCUGCUCCAGAUGCUCUGUUUGGUUGCAAUGGAAAAACCUGCCUCCACCAGUCCAGACGAUGUGAGAGAUGAGAAGGUGAAAGUAUUAAAGUGUAUAGCACCCAUUGUUACGUCAGAUGUGGUGCUUGGUCAGUAUGCUGGAGAUCCUGAUGGGGAGGGCCACGCAAAGCAGGGUUACCUCGAUGACCCUACAGUACCAAAAGACUCCUCCACUCCAACUUUUGCCACAGCAGUGCUUUAUGUUCAGAAUGAAAGAUGGGAUGGAGUUCCUUUCAUUCUGCGCUGCGGUAAAGCUCUGAACGAGCAGAAAGCAGAAGUGCGUCUGCAGUUCACGGACGUGCCGGGAGACAUCUUUGGUGAAGGCUGUCAAAGGAAUGAGUUGGUGGUGCGGGUGCAGCCAGAUGAAGCCAUUUACCUGAAGAUGAUGACCAAGAAGCCAGGGGUCCACUUCUGCCCCGAGGAGACUGAGCUGGACCUCACCUACAAGAGCAGAUACAAGAGUGUGAAGCUUCCAGAUGCUUAUGAAAGACUGAUCCUGGAUGUCUUCUGUGGAAAUCAACUGCACUUUGUCCGCAGUGAUGAGUUGCGAGAAGCUUGGAGAAUCUUCACCCCUCUUCUUCACCAACUAGAGGGAGAAAAGAAACCCCCUAUUCCUUACACACAUGGAAGUCGUGGACCUAGUGAAGCAGAUGAUCUUAUGAAGAAAGUGGGAUUCCAAUAUGAGGGAACAUACAAGUGGGUGCAGCCCAUCACAACCUGA